UUAUGUAUUCACAUAAUAGCAUUAAAAACAUUUAAUGUAGAAAUAUUACAAAUAAUUUAGGAGAAGAAACUUUUUAUUUGGCUGAUUUUUGAGGGGUCACACAGCAUAAAAUGCAUGCGAGGGACUGUUAUUGAAUUGAAUUGAAUAAUGCCACAAGAUUCGAAUUCAUCCAAAUUUCUUUCAGGCUAAACCAAUUUUUCUCAAAAUUUCCUAGCCGAAGGGUGUUCUGGUGUCCAUUUUAAACAUCUUCUUUCGUUACCAAACGUGGUACCAUAAUUUGAAUUGAGAGCACUCAUUAAACGACAACAUCCAAACGUGUCAGGAUGGCGACGGCCAGCUCAGAAGAAAAGGCGUGUCAACGGCCUAGCAACGCAGACCACAGACUGGUCAACAAAACUCUGAGGAAGUUGGAAAAGCUGCACGAAUUGUGCACGGACCCCGGGCUGGGCCUCAGGAACAGCCCGCCUUACCUGCCCGAGCUGGUGCCGGAUACGGCCUCUGCGCUGAGGCGAGUCUGGGAGCCCUACCGAGGCCUCGGGGUGCUGACGGGCCGAGCUCCCGCGGAGGACGAGGCGGCGUACCUCAGGGUCCACGCCAGGAACCUGCUGGAAAAGACGGACAGGGCCUUGCUGCUGUUUAAAGAAGGCAAGGAGAAGAUGUUUGAUGAGACGUCCAGCUACAGGAAGGACUUGACCAAGCUGUCCCUGCUAUUCAGUCACAUGCUGUGGGAGCUCAAGGCUGUGUUUCCGGGUGAUCAUUACCACGGCAACACCUACAAGCUGACCAAGACGGAGGCACGGGACUUUUGGAAGAUUACCUUUGGCAACAAAUGCAUCGUGCGAUGGAGCAGCUUUGCGGAGAAGCUGCGCCGCGUGCACCCGUUCCAGGAGGGGCUGGAGUCUGUGGCCCUCCAGUCCACCGUCGAUCUCACCUGCAACGACCACGUCUCCGUCUUUGAAUUUGACAUCUUCACCAGGCUCUUUCAGCCGUGGAGGUCCCUCCUGAAGAACUGGAACCAGCUCGCGGUCACCCACCCAGGCUACAUGGCCUUCAUCACGUACGACCAAGCCGUGUCACGACUGGAACGUUACCGCCACAAGCCGGGAAGCUACAUCUUCCGUCUGAGUUGCACCCGGAUGGGCCAGUGGGCCAUCGGUCACGUGACCGACGAGGGUGACAUCACGCAGACCAUCCCUGAGAAUACGCCGCUUUACCUGGCGCUCCUUCUGGGCCAAGGCCAGGGCUGUGUCUUCAUGUUUGGCAGCUAUUUGUACCCCGACGGGCAAGAUGUGAACCCGGACCUCAGCACCCUGCACCAACCGGAACACAAAGUAAAAGUCAGGGUCACGCAAGAGCAGUACGACCUUUACCAAGAUGUAGGCAGCUCCUUCCAGCUGUGUAAGAUCUGCACGGAGAAGGACAAAAACACUCGCAUCGAGCCUUGCGGACACCUCGUGUGCAGACGAUGCUUAGACUCCUGGCUGAAAUCAACAGGCCACAAGUGUCCAUUCUGCCGCUGUGACAUCGAAGACACGGAGCCUGUCGAAGUCGAGUCCUACCGGCCGAAACGCAAGGAUGAGGAGGAGGAGGCAGAUGAGAGCGAUAAAGACGACGACCACGAGGACAUUGAGCUGGUGGUGAAGCAAAUGGCCGCACUGAGGAAGACGGCACGUGCAGAUGCUCCAGAGAGAAAGGUCGAUCAGCAAUGACAGACGAGGACACCGGUGGGAUUCGAUGCUGUUUCUCCUUUACACUCCAAGAGGUCAGUUGGCCUCUCAAGACAAGAGAAAUGAUGUUUUACUUAAACGAGUCCUCUGAAAUUGACUGCGUGUGAAGGCAGAGCAGAGCUGAUCCUCAAGUACGGAAGAGCAUCUAGAAGGCAUCCCAAACAUAUUUUUGAAGAAAUAAAUAAUUUAAACUAA